AUGGAUCCCCUCUCGAUCGGAGCGCACUGCGGGGGCCUCAAAGCUGCCUGCGAUGAGACCGUCCACGCGGCCUCUGCCAUCCUCAACGCAGCCGUCCCCGACCAAGACGCCGUCCUCUCCAGCCUCAUCCACGAUGUCCGCCAGCUCCUGCUCCCCACGCUCCACGGCAUGCACGCCGUCUGGAACGCCAACGGCCCGACGCUCAUGACGCACCGCGCGGCCGGGUUCGGCAUGUGGCCGGCCAUGCAGCAGCACCUGGCGAGCGUGGGGGUGACUUUUCGCGGGCUCAAAGGGCAGUUGGACCCUGUGGUGGAGAGUGUGACGCGGAGUAGCUUUUUCGGAGUGAAUAAGUCGGCGUGGAAGCUGGGGAUGCGGAUUCGCACGCUGGCGGUGUAUCGCGGGCGGUUGCUGGUGCAAGACGGGGGGUUGAGGGUGGGGUUGGUCAUGAUGCAGAUGUGUACGGGGGCGCCGAAUGCCUCGCUGGCCGCGCUGAAUGCGGAGAUCCAGAGUUUAACAGCUGCACAGGCAUCGUUGCGGAACGAGGAGUGGGUGGGCACGGCCGAGGAAGAGGAGGGCAAGCAGUUGAAUCUGACGCUGGGGAGCUUGAUCGGAGCGGCGCAGGGGUUUCACUCGUUUAUGGCGAGCAAUCCCGCUCCUGCACCGGUACCCCCCCAGCAGUACGGGGCUCCCUAUGGCGGUCAGCAGCAAGGUCACUGGCAGCAACCGCAGCCGCACCCACAGCAACAUUACGGGCAGCCUCCACCGCAUCAAGGGCAACCUCAACAGUAUCACCCGCAGCCUGCACAACCUCCACAGCCUACACAGCCGUAUGGCCAACAGCCAUACCUCGGACCUCAGCAACCGCACCCACCGACAUCACACUCUCCUCACCCGGCACCCUCACUACGGCCUCCGCCUUCUCCCCAGCCAUGGCCUUCGAGCGGAUAUCAGGCACCGUCGCAGUCACAAACCGGUGGAUAUCAGUCGUACAGCGGACAACAAACGUCUUCACAGCAACCGUCAGGGGGCCAGGCAGCGCCAGCUCAAGCACAAGGCAGCGGGUACACCAUGUCCCACUCUGCGUUUCCUCCGGCUCCUCCGCCUGCUCCGGCUCCUCCGGCAGCUCCGUCUGCUGCUUCGUCUGCUGCUUCGGCCGAGUACACCAUGUCGUACUCGGCGCUGCCUGACUUUGGGUUGCCUGACUUCUCUGUCGUGCCCGAUGUGCCUGCUUCACCUCCCCGGUCUACCGCACCGGCAUCUGCCCCUGCGCCUGCUGUUACGCCUGCUGUUGCCCCUGCGGUUGCCCCUGUUGUUGCUCCACCUGCCCCUACUGACCCAGCGCAGACCUGGAUACAAGAAGAGGAUGGCCACGGCUCGGCUCCCCCACCAUCGUACGCCCAAGCCACCGGCAUGAUGGCCGUGCUCGGCAACUUCAUCCCGCAGGAAGAUUCGGAAGAGGAGUAUAACGCAAACGACUACGACGACGACGAUGACGACGAUGACGACUGCCCACCCCCGACAGCAUAUCACAUUGCGGCGCGCGAGGGCCGGUUCGACGAGAUCAAGCGGCUGGUCGAAAGCGGAGCUCCGGGCUUACACGUCACUGGCGAGCACGGGCAGCACCCGACACACUCGGCAGCGUGCGUGGGCCACGUCGACAUCCUCGAGUACCUGAUCCAGCACGGGGCCGACUACAAGUCGAGCAACAACGUCGGGUUCACGCCGCUUAACGGGGCAGCCAUCUGGGGAUCCCCCGCGGCGGUGCGGCUGCUGCUGCGGUACGGCGCCGACCCGAAUCAGGCGAGUGUCGACAAGCAGACGCCCAUCUAUGGCGCAGCCAAGCACGGGCACCUCGAGACGGUCAAGAUGCUGGUGGAGUGGGGGGUCGACAAGGAUGACCGCACGUACGGCGACGACUGGACGCCACUGUGUGUCGCCGCGAGCCAGGGCCACCUUGACGUCGUGCAGUAUCUUCUGCACCAGGGGGCCGAUCAGGGGAUCCGGACCGAGAAGGGAGUGUCGCCGGUACGGACGGCCGCGUCGAACGGGUACGCCGAGAUCGUCCGGGCACUGCUUCAAGGGCCCUGGGGAAAUACACGGAUGUUGAAUGUGCCCUGCAAUUCGGGACAUACACCGCUGUACGGGGCUGCGUGGGAGAACCACGUCGAUGCCGUGAGGGUGCUGCUGGACUUUGGCGCGGACCUGCACGCGAUGAACGAGAAUAAAUGGACCGCCCUGCAUGUGGCCGCGUUCAACGGGCACCCCGCGACGGUGUCGCUGCUGCUCUCGCGUGGAGCCAGCGUGCACACGCGGUCAACGACGGGUCGGUCGCCGCUGGGGUCGACGGCCCAGGAGGGUCACGUUGAGGUGUUGCGGUUGCUGUUGCAGCAUGGCGCGGUCGCGUCUCAGACCGACAACGACGGCGAGACGCCGCUGUAUACGGCGGCCAAUUCAGGCGACCAUCCGGAUGCCGUGGCCCUGCUGCUGCAGUACCGUCCGGACCUGAUCAACACGCCCACCAACAACGGCUGGACGCCCCUCGCAGCGGCUGCCUUCAAGGGCCACAUCGGCGUCGUCCGCGCGCUGCUGGCCCCCUCGAACAACCCGCGCGCUGACAUCCACGCCCGCACCAAGUUCGGGCGCACCGCACUCGAGGCUGCUGCCCACGAGGGGCACACCGCGAUCAUCCCAAUUCUGCUCGCCCACGGCGCGAAUCCGAACGCUAUCGACAACGACGGCGAUAUCGCGCUCAACUCGGCCGCGUCGAACGGCCACGCCGACAUUGUAUCCUGCCUGCUGACCACCCGCACCGCCUACGCCCCCAUCAACAUCAACCACACCAACAAUGCCAAGUCCACGCCCCUUCACGCCGCAGCCUCCAAAGGCCACCUCAGCGUCGUCCAACUCCUCCUCAACCACUCCGCCACCGUGGCCACCCGGAUUCCCUCCGGCUUCACACCGCUGCACUCCGCCUGCGUCAACGGUCACGCUGCCGUCGUCUCCCUGCUCCUGCGACGCGGUGCCGACCCAACCUCGCGUGCCACCGACGGCUGGGCGCCUUUCACGUCCGCCGCGAGCAACGGGCACACCGAUGUGGUCUCCCUGCUGCUGGAUCAACGUCCCGCGCUGCUGGACAGCGCGCGGAACGCAGCCGGGUGGACAGCCCUAGGUAUCGCCGCGCGCCAAGGGUGGAUAGGUACAGUACAGGAACUGUUGCGGCGGGGCGCGGACCUGCGCGUGGCCAACGACAAAGGGUUCACCCCCUUACACGGCGCGGCCGAACGCGGCUUCCGCGCCAUUGUCGAAGCACUCGUCCUCGCCGGGGGCCCCGUCACUCAACGUACCAGCACCGGAUGGACGGUCAUCAACCUAGCCGCGGGCGCCGGCAAGGGCAAAGUAGGCGAACACGACAAGGACGCCGUGGGCACGGUACGAUAUUUACUAGGACUCGACCGCGGACGGUAUGGCCUGGUGGAUGUGAACUCGCCGGAGGGACAGGGGUGGACGCCGCUGCACUCGGCGGCGUAUGAGGGGGAUGUGGAGACAGUGCGGGAGUUGGUACGGGCCGGGGCGUGGACGGGGGCAAGGAAUGGGAAGGGGAGUACGCCGGGGGAUUUGGCGAGGGGGAAGGGGUUUAACGAGGUCGAGGUUGCGUUGUUGGAGGGGGGGAUGGGGGGGAUGGCUGUACGCUGA